CUUCGGUUUCAUAACAUCCGGGUCCGACGGCUCACAGUCAGCAAAAUGACGUCGCAAUGCCGCAGCGCUGCUAUACUUAGGCAGUAGCAUGAAUUGGGCGGAACACUCAAGAAAGCCGCCACAAUCAUGUCUGCUUCUCUCAGCUCUAUCACAUCUGGCGAAACUCAGCCCACUCCUACUGCUUGCUCACCAAACAUUGCACCUAACGGGAUCAAUGUGACGGGACUUGUAGGUCAAAUUUGCCAAGUCAACGUCCCUCCCAGCGAGGUCAACAUCACAUCCUGCUGUGACAGCGGCGCCGAGGUGCGCCUCCAAGACAAUUGCACUCAAUGGUGCGAGGUUAAUGACGGGGGAGACUUCUUCGACUGUAUCAACGACAUGACCGAUCCAUCAUACCCUUUUCUUAGUGGACCUUGUCAAAUCGUAGGGGAAGACGCGACAGUAACCGUAUCCUCAACGGUUACUGGGGUAACGCCGACAACAUCUACUUCCGAGGGAAUGUCCCAGUCUACCGAAGAAGUGUCGGCUUCCACGACUGGGUCAGGAGGUGGAGCUGAAACGACCGAAACUCCUGAAGAAGGCACGGCCGCAGGCAACUUGGGAGAGUAUCAGCUUCGUAUAGUGGUCUUAGCUCUAGCUGCAACACUAAGCAUUCUUGCUAUCCUUUAGUCAAUAUUCUAUAUGGGGGAUACUGGCAAGCCAUAUUAGAUCCAUGUAUCUACCACCACAUCAUCUCGAAGUGAGAUCCCCCUAUGUGAUGCG